AUGGCUGGUUCAUGCGUGCUGCCAGCGGAGAUGAGUCUGCUCUUGAUUCACUGGUUAUCGCCUCAAGAACGUCCUAUCGCCGACACCGGGGUCGGCCGAACUGUGUCGCAACAGGACACUCCGAAUUAUGGAAACUUUUCGGAUCACGCAACACAUCUAAACAUUGCUGUAUGGGCAUUGUUCCCUUUGCCUUCCCUAAAACGGGAGAACUUCAACAAAAAAAUAAUAAUACGAGCAAAGUUAAAAAGAAUUGUCGCAAAGGUAUUAGCAUCAAGAACUAAGAAUAAAGUACCUGAUAUGGUAGCUACUUCACAGUUAACUAUUUUGCACGAUUUAGUUACGCUUCUUGGUCCAUUUAAAAUAGUAACAGAAGAUUUGAGUGCUGAGAAAUAUGUCACAGCUAGCUUAGUAAUACCAUUAACAAAUUUAUUAAAACAAGAAAUCGAACAAACUAAAAUAUCUACAGCUAUUGGUUUGUCAGUACAAAAUGUUUUAUUGAAAGGUAUUGAAGAUAGAUUAGUGUCUUUACAAGAAAACCUUCUUUUGGCCAAAGCAACUAUCUUAGAUCCCCGCUUCAAAAAGUUACAUUUCAUGUCAGCAAUGGCCGCUGCUAAUGCAAUAACAGAUCUAUCAAAAGAAAUAAUUGCAGAACACAAAAUAAGAGGGAAUCGUUCACCUACAGUUGGUGUUUCUCCACGUGUAGAAAAAGAAACAACUUCAUCGUUAUGGGACAGACAUGAAAAUAUGCUUUUGAAAAAUAUGUCCAAUGCUAAUGAAGUUUUUGGUAAAAGUUUUAGUGCAAUGCCUGCUGAAUUAAAACAGUAUUUAGAUCAGCCAAAUAUUUCAAGUACAACGUUUAGUGCUAAAUUUAAAGUUGAGAAUAAAUCUAUUCCCAUUAUGGGUUUGGAGCUGCUUACAAUGACGGAAGCACUAAGUAAUGUUGAGUCCUGCGGCUAUAAAGAUAUUGUCCUACUUACUGAUUCUGCAUCCUCGUUGUACCACUUGUUAAGGGUCGGUAAGGGUUGUUUUGGUAGAUUAGAGGCCUUCUCAAGGAAAUUGUUAUGCACAACGCUUUCCACAUCCAGUGGAUCCCCCAACUCGCUUGAUUUCGUCAGUCCACCUGGCGAGGGGUCUACCGCCACUGCACUCCAGGGUACGAGGUCAGCAUUGAAUUACCCUGUAGCCUCAUCGUCCAGCGGUACUAUGUGCUGUAUCUUUGCACUAAAUGCUCAACAGCUAUUCCUUAAAUAG